UCGUGGGAGAGGGUGUGUGCUCCUCCGCUUCGCCACCGACAGCAGCUCCCCGCCGGUAUUUUCAAGAGUGUCUUCUUUGACGGAUACAAGCGUGCACCGCAUCCACGGGAGGUGAUGGGGUUGAAGUUAAGCAAGCAGAAGUCGGCGGAUAUCACGCCGGCACCGAAAGAAAAGGUGAAGCGGCGCAAGAGUAAGCGUGAGACGCAGACAAAUGGUGAAACGGCAGGGACUAUUACGCCCACCGGCGAAGCAGCCGCAGCCAUAGCCAAAGAAACAGAGGUACCACAGGUGGACAAGCCUGCUGACAAGGCAGAGACCAAGGAAGUGAUUGCCAACGGUGAUGUAGAAAAGCCCAAAGACGAGAAAAUAGUAGAGAAUGGAGAGAAGCCCAUACCUAAUGGCACAGCCGAAGUUAAGCCCGAGCAGCCCGCCGAGAAGGUCCAGGAACCGAAGGCUGAAGGUACACCAGCAGCAGCUCCUACAGAAGUAGCUGCUCCAGAGGCACCAAAGGUUGAAGAAUGUCCUGCAGCAGAAAUCCAGUUGCAGGAAACACCUGCAGUUGCAACACCUGCACCAGCAAAAGAAGCAGAGGCACCAGCGCCUGAAAAGGCUGCCGAGCCGUCUCCUGUUCCUGAAGCUGCCGCGGAAUCUCCUGUGCCUCUUCCAGAGCCUGCAGCGCCCGUUGCUGAACAACCUCCUGCACCAGUUACACCUGAACAGCCCAAAGAAGUAACACAGCAACCUGCCGAAGUUCCAGUCCCCCAGUCUCCUGUAGCUGCAGAAUCAGCACCCACAACAGAAGCAGCUGCACCAGUAGCAUCUCCAGCUGCAGAAGAGCCGGCACCUGUUGCGACAGAAGCCCCUGUUGCUGAGCAGACCACCUCUCCUGCAGGUGAGCAACCUACCCCUGUCGAAACAACCGUUCCAGCACCUGUUGAGCCAACGCCGCCUGAGCUCCCCACUAGUGAACCACCGGCUCUAACGCCAGAAGUCACUCCUGUAUCUCCAGUUCAAGAGGCACCGGAAGCUCCCCCCGCACCAGUUGCUGCACCAGUCGAAAGCAAACCCGAACCUCCCGUUGCACCAGAGGUUGCACCUGCACCAGUCACUGAGACCCCUAUUGCAGUCGAAGCAGCACAAGUUACAGAAAGCUCUGUUACGCAAGAGGUUCCUCCCACACCACUGCCCGAAGCCCCCGCUGCACCAGAAGUUGUUCCUGCACCUGUCCCCGAAACAAAAACCGAGAGUCCUGUUGCACAAGAAACCGCACCUGCACCAGUCACUGAGAGUCCAGCAGCUGCAGAAGCAGCACCGGUUGUAGAAACACACAUAUCACAUGAAUCGCCGUGUGAUGACGAUCUUGUCACUGCCCCUCCUCCUCCUGAAGCUGCUCCUUCAGAGCAGCCUCCUGCUCCAGUUGAGAAGCCCGUAGAAACUGUCGAACAGGCGCCUUCCUCCGAAACCAACCCCGAGGAAAGCAGGCCGAUCACUGACCCAGUCACGGCUGAAGCCAAGGCUGAAGAAAAACCGCUUCAGGAAGCUGCAAAGGCAGAGGAGUAGGGCUUAGCGAACAACUGAGGACAAACUGAAUCAUCACAAGACAUUUAUCUCUUUCUUUUUUUUCUUUUUUUUUUCUUUGAUGAAAGAAAAGAAAAAAACACUCAGACAUUUCGUGACACCUUGAACUAAUCAACAGAUCGAAUGACUGUUAUGCGUUUCAACGAUGGGCCAUCUUUUACGUGCUUUCGUUUGCUUGCCUCUUGCCUAGGGUUCCCGGCAUCCUUUUUUUUUUUCUACAAUUUUUUUUAAAAAUUUCUUUAACAAUUUUUUUUCACAAUUUUUUUUAAACGUGUCCGACGUGAAGGCUAGGCUCUCAUAGAAGGUAUUGCAUAUCGAGAAGUAAUUGAGCCUUGAAGCUCACGGGGGAAACAAAUUAUUCGUGAGGAAAACCGUCUGGAGCCAGUUCGUACCCACGCUUCUGAUGUUCCGGGCAAAAGCGUGUAUCUUUUUGUCACGAGGAACUUUGUAUUGUAUAGCUUGAAAUGUGUGUGUGUCUGUGAAAGCACUCCCAGAGGUUAUACGAGAGUUUUUUUCUUUAUUUUGUCUUUAAAUAUUGUCAAAAACUUUCCUUUCUUAAAUGAGUCAUAUACACGCAUAUUGUGCGAUUGCAUAUAACUGACAUUUGCCUACCGAAAAAUGUCAAUUACAUGCAGUCGCAUGCUUCGAGGAUCUCUUGCGAGAAGAUUGAUUGAAGUAUUACUUUAAACAUAAACGACUUCAAUACAAAAAAAAUUUGAUGGGAGUUAAACCUCGCUUACAAUGGACGUUAACGACUCUCACAAACAGUGUUGCACUGUCAAGCAACAGACAUUGUAGCGCUUACUUAAGUGAUAAAAGACCUCGUUAUAAGCCAGGCCUGUUAUUUUUACUAUUUUUUUGGGGGGGGGGGAGUGGCAUCAGCUAUUUUCACAAAUGGGCGAUUUUUGUGUUUCUCCUGGUCUUCCGUGCCAUGUAAGGAAGUUAGUCAGACGGCUAUGUGGACAUUGGUGCUCUUGGCAAUAGUGAACCACAGUCUUUCUGUGACAUUCAUGUUCUUUGUGCCAACACAUUGCAAGGUCGGCCGCUGUAAUAUUGUGUUCAGGAGCUAUUCAUUUGUGGCACACUUGCGUUAAGUACUUUUUUUGUUUGGAGUACUACACUUGUCAGUGCCGGAGUGUCAGUACUACUUUCGGAGGUACCGAGUUAACACAGUAUCGGUUUUUGUAUUCUAUGCUAGUAACCUUAGGCCUUUUAUUAUAAUGUAAACCACUUUGUACUUUGUUUGUGCAGCAAACACUAGACUGCGCAUGCAGGUUGUUCUUUUUGAAGCGGAACAGUGCCACAAUGUAUAAAAUGCAUGUAGUUUUUUAUGCACAGCUUUUACAUUCAGUUUAGUGUGCUUUUGGCUAAAUCGAUCUUUUUCUACAGAAAAUGCUGAAAUAUGCAUUUUGAGUAUGUGGUCAUACAUGAUGCCAUUAGCAUUGAAAACCUUUUGCUACGUCCUGUCGCCACUGUGUGUGGAAUCUUUGAGAAACUUUUCACUGGGCACGUUUUUCUAUGUAUUUUUUUUUUUUUUUACAGAAAACCAUGUGCAGGCUAUAUAACAGUGUUCCUUCCCAUUUUGAAUGUUUAUAUGCUAUCAAUAAAACUUUAUGAAUCGAA